AUGGACACCCCUAGUCAACUUGUUGGUGAGAUGGAUUUUGUACUUGCCAUAAUAUUAGGGACGGUUGUUAAAAAGGGUCGAUAUCAAAUACCAAGUGAGAUGCAUUUGCACGUACAUGGUAAUGAUGAAACAUCUUUUGUUGGUAAGAAAUUCCGAAUCGUACAUGAAAUAUAUCAGAAGAUAUUACAACAACAAACACGAACUCAAUCUGUAAUUGAUCAGUGUAAAGCAUAUUAUCAAGCCACGGAAGGAAAAAAGAAAAGAAGAGUAUAUGGUCUUAGAUCUCAAGCAAAAUGCUACUACGGGCCAAAUCUUCGUGACUCUUUUGGAUCUGAUGCUACAUCGUCAGCAGCACCUCCAAAUGCUCAAUCAACACUGACAUGGAAUCUGGAUGAGUUAGUGAUGCGAUUGAUUCCUGCACUGACCGAUCAUAUAGUUCCUGUAAUGGUUAAGCGGGUACGCGAAUUAGUUUUCUUACCCUCGCAUCAACCAAAUACCGAUCUUACCAACCACACAUCAGAUGUGUCACCUAAAGUUCCUACCUCUUCUACUGUUGCUAACAUUAAUGAAGUUCAUGCAUAG